UACAAUAAUUUGAAGAAUAAAUUACGACUAGAUCAUAGCAAAAACCAAAAGAAUAACAGAUUUCGCGCGCGUGGGGUUGCGUUGACGCCGCUUUGACAUCGUUUCCAUGUGCCAGGAGCGGCCUGUGAAAUCCACGUGCCACCUUGUGGCCUUCAGACCACCUGUAACGUAGGAAAAUGUGCCUUCCUCCAUGUGAGGAGGGGAGGAGUGCAGGCAUGUUCUUAUCCACCAAGUAGUCAGGUCCCUUUGGGAUCCAUCAACCACCAUGUUGGAGGUCAUGGAUUCAGAUUUUUGGUUUCAGCCCCAUACAUUUUUGACAGAAGAAUAUCAAGAUUUGAUGUCCUUAAUCAAAAUCAAAGCAGCUGGAUGGGAACUCUGAGGACGAGAGGAAAACAAAGCUUGGAUCUUUCAAGAAGGCAGCAAACAUGAUUACAAACUCCUUCAAUAAGGGUCGAAGGAACAGUAAAGUAAUGUCUUUCCCUAUGGAGGACGACAUUGAUGCCGAGGAGCUCAAGGCAGCUCAGGAAUUCCGGCAAAAACUUCUUUCGGAAGAACUACUGCCCUUGAAACAUGACGAUACUCAUAUGUUGUUAAGAUUUUUAAGGGCCCGGAAAUUUGAUGUUGAGAAAACAAAGCAAAUGUGGUCUGACAUGCUCCAAUGGAGGCAGGAAUAUGGUGCUGACACUAUUAUGGAGGACUUUGAGUUCAAGGAAGUCGAUGAAGUCUUGAAAUACUAUCCACAAGGGCAUCAUGGAGUUGAUAAGGAUGGACGGCCUGUGUACAUUGAGAAACUGGGUCAAGUCGAUUCUAAUAAGCUGAUGCAAGCAACAACAAUGGACCGGUAUUUAAGGUACCACGUACGGGAGUUUGAGAGGACCUUUAUCUGUAAAUUCCCUGCCUGUUCCGUUGCAGCAAAAAAGCACAUCGAUCAGAGUACCACUAUUCUUGAUGUCCAAGGAGUGGGGCUUACAAGUUUAAAUAAAUCUGCAAGGGAACUCAUCCAGCGCCUUCAGAAGGUUGAUGGUGACAAUUAUCCUGAGACCCUGAACCGUAUGUUCAUCAUCAAUGCUGGUUCUGGAUUUAGGCUCUUAUGGAACACUGUCAAAUCUUUCCUUGAUCCCAAGACCACUUCGAAAAUCAAUGUUCUGGGAAAUCAAUAUCAGAGCAAGUUGCUUGAAAUAAUUGAGGCCACUGAGCUACCAGAGUUUUUCGGUGGUAGUUGCACUUGUGCUGAUAAGGGUGGUUGCAUGCUCUCUGAUAAGGGCCCAUGGAACGAUACAGAAAUAAUCAAGAUGGUUCAGAGUAUUCGUGAGGCCAAAUGCACAAGCAACACUUCAUCAGGCGAUCUGGAGGAGAAACAGGAGGAGAAAAUAUUGGAAGAGGAGAAGAAAAUAUCUGAAGACGAGACAAAAGUCUCUGAAGAGGAGCCAAAAGUCUCUAAAGAGGAGCCAAAAGUCUCUAAAGAGGAGACAAAAGUCUCUGAAGAGAAGUUAAUCCCCAAAGACGCGAUGGCUUGCACAAAUAGAAUGGAUUCUUUCUGCUCAGAUACGUUUUUAGAGGCUGAAACGCACUCAGACCAUCUCUCUUCUUUGCCUGAAGAACUUUUAACACCGAGAAUGUAUCCGAUGGGAUAUGAUGAUGUUGAUUCAAUGGUUUGCAAGGGAACUGAGAGAGAGGCAGAAAGGCUGAAUGCUGCUCUCAAUCGACUCAGUGCCUUGGAACAAGAGCUGUCUUCAACCAAGCAAGUUGAGAUGCAGAAAGAAGAAAAGCUAAAGGCUGCUCUUGACCGCAUCAAAGCUUUGGAACAAGAGCUGACAGAAGCCAAGAAGGCACUGGAGGAAGCCCGUCUUAAACAAGAGGAGCUUCUAGCCUCCGUUGACAAGGAAAAGAAAUUUAGCUUAUUCUGUUGGUGACGUGAUCGAUCUAAAAGCAUUUAUCUAGUGUGGUGGAUUGAGUGGCUCCGGCUUGUGUGGUUCUCAGGAGGGAUGAAAUAGAAAUGCGUGUUGUGUGUGUUUCACCAUUUGGAAUGACGGAAUUCUACCUUGCCUAUGGUUUUAUAACAGCAGGCAUUGUCAUUAGUUGAGGUGUUCCAAAUUAGCAACUGAAAACCGUCCUCCGGAAUAUGCAGAGUACUCCUAGAAAAAAGUAAGAGCCUCCUCCUGGGUUGUUUUAUAAGAUCAAUGUAUAUAGAUGCAGCUAUCAAGGAAAGGAAAAACAUGCACCUAGGAGUUGGAAGAACUAUUAGAGAUUCACAGGACGCGGGGUUGGCAGCUAACGAAAAACCAUUAGAAGGGUAUGCUUUUCAACAAACAAACAAGAUAACUAUAGAACUACAGGGCUAUUUGGGAAGGGAAACAAUACAAUUCGCAGAGGAUAUAGCCGGAUUUGGCUGCGGAACGGGAUUUAGUUUAAUUUGGUUUGCAGUUGUAUGUGAUUAUGGAGAACAUAUGGAUGGAGAAGAGUCCUUUGUGGCUCUUCCCGUACAUUUCAUGUAAUUCUUCUGCAGUUGUAAUGUCUUCAUAUAAACAGAAUUUCAGUUUUGAGAUGAAAGAAAACUAAUAAUUAGGAUCUA